AUGCCUGGAGGGCUGAAUCCGCCGUUGUCGGUGAUCGAGUCCUGGCCAGCACCCAACACUGUCAAUCCCGACUCGCAUGGCCCGGCAGCCAUUGUGGUCGCUGCCGUCUUCGGAGGGAUCGCAAUCGUCACGGUGGUGGUGCGGCUGUACGCACGGUGUCUUAUUCAGCACACGGGCGGCAUCGAUGAUAUCCUGAUUGCGCUGGCUCUGCUACCGACCCUCGGCCUCAUCAUCUCUGUCCCGAUUGCCAGCGAAGUCUACGGCGAGAAACACCACACGUGGGACAACAGCGUCACGAACCUGAUCGGCGAGCGCAAGGUGGCGGCGGCGUCGGAGCUGUUCUACGUGCUGGCGUCGGGGUUGAUCAAGACCUCGGUGCUGCUGUUCUACCGGCGCAUGAGCCAGCGGACGGUGUCGCCGCGGUUCCGCGCGCUGAUCUGGGUCAGCAUCGGGUCGGUGGUGGCGUACAGCGUGGCGUUCGUGCUGGCGCUGUUCCUCUCGUGCCGGCCGCUGCGCGCCUUCUGGCGCCAGGUCGACCCGGCCUGGGCCCUGACGCACCACUACCGCUGCUACGACGAGGGCGCGCACCUGAUCGCGGCGACCUCGAUCAGCCUCGCGCAGGACCUGCUGGCCACGACCCUGCCGGCCGUGUUCUGCAUCCGGCUGCACAUGCGCCGCCGCCAGAAGGUCGCCCUCACCGCCGUCUUCUCCGUCGGGUACCUCACGGCCGUCGUCGCGGGGAUUCGGAUCUACUUCCUGUGGCGCAUGUUCUACGCCUCGUACGACGGGUCCUGGAUGGCCUGGUACUGCUGGGUGCUGGCCCUGCUGGAGGUGGCCCUGGCGGCAACCUCGGCCAGCCUGCCGGCCGUCAAGGUGUUCUUCCGCUGGUACCAGGUGCCGUCGAGCCUGGCGGGGAAGCUGCGCUCGUUGAAGCUGAGCCACAGCCAUAGCCACAGUACGCGGACGCCGACGGGGCAGUCUGGUUCGCACGGGGGGCAUAAUCGGGAGCGGACGCGUGGUCGGCAGUCCGGCGAUACGGAUCAGUAUCUGGUGACCAUGGAGACUGCCUCUGGGGAUGAGCAUCCCAGAAUGGUGGAGUUGGAGGCGUUAUCGUCGCCGUCCGGGGAGGGAGAGGAGCGAGAGCGGGAGUUGAGCAAGGGGGCGGCGGAGAAGAGCUGCCCGUGCGGCGGUAGAGACGACAUUGUUUGA